AUGAUUGGUCACGACCCGGAUCAGCAGAAUUGGAAAUUGGGAUGGAGUCGAAUGUUCCAGAAGAUUCCCACCGAAUUGCCGACCUCGACAACCUACCCAUGGAUGACCCAUGGCUUCCCAGACCGGACUAGCAUUGUACUUAUGACAUUUUGCACCUUACUGGAUACGUUUUUAGCUUCCUUUGACCCCGAUAACCCUUGGGUGGACGAGUCUGUAAAAUCAAGACCGGGUACACCGGAUUCGGAGGUUCGCUUCGUCGACCCACUGCCAUCAAAAGAACGCGAACGGAGAUGCGAACGGAGGAGAUAUAUCCACAAUCCGCCCCCGAAAAGAACACGCAUCGCCAAGCAAAAGCCGAUGCUGGAGCAUGAUUACCCAGUGACAGCCGUCCGUCGAAGAGAGAAGAAGCUGACACCGGAACAGUUUGAGGCUCAAGCUCGU